AUGCUCGCUUCCGGCUUCACCAACGCUCCCGUCACUCAGCUGCUGGUCUUCGGUAUCGUGGCCUCAUCCUUCGUGGCUAGCCUGACCGACACCAAGUACUACUUCUGGAUCGAAGUCCGGCCGCACCUCUUCGACUAUGGCCAGUUCUGGCGGCUGCUCACAUGGCAGCUGUGCUACACCAAUAGUACUGAAGUGCUCUUCGCUGCCAUGACCUUCUACCAAUUACGAGUCAUUGAACGCCUUUGGGGCAGCAGAAAGUUCGCCUCUUUCAUACUGUCCACCUUUCUUUACACCUCUCUAGCACCGCCGAUAUUGCUGGCUGUCGUUAUUCGGCCGCUCAGCUUUGGCCGCAUCAACUACCUGCCCGCCGGACCGACACCGUUGCUCUUCGCGCUGCUCGCCCAAUACCACGCUGCGAUCCCGUACAUCUACAAAUAUCGAAUCUUAGGCAAUGCACCGACUGGCACCUCCGCCAAUCAGGACUAUGGCUUCAUGCUUACCUCAAAAGCCACAUCAUACCUCUUGCCAGUCCAGCUUGCUUUGGCGCAAAUGCCAGGCUCAAUUCUGGCCGCCGCAGUAGGGUGGAUCACCGGCUUCGCGUACAGGAGAGAGAUAUUGCCGGGUGCCGCAAGAUGGCGAGUGCCAAUGUGGAUUAUUGGUGGAAGUGAGCAAAAGGAGCGAUACGAUAAUCUCAGGCGAAGAAUGGAAGGUGAAGCUGGGAGGACGACUGGUGUGGAUAACAACAACAAUCGGGAGCAUGCGCGGCGGCGUGGUGUGCUUGGUGGAUUGGCGGAGCAGUUUAGAGGGGCUUUCUGA